CAACCAUAACAUCAGUAAUAGGCUGUGUUUUGAAAUACAGCAAUACAAGCUAAGCAUGUAAAAGAGUCUUAAUUAAAAAUAAUUAAGGGUCACAUGAGGAUGUUUGAUAACUAAAUGAAAAAUAUUGUUAGAUUUUGCUAUUUUGAGAGAAUUCUAUUGAAUGUUCCGUGAACUGGCAACCCGAUCCCUUGAAGGUGCGUGUAAAUAGUACGCCAAAUAAAAAUGAAAACUCGUGGUAUAGAUACGCAAAAAUGGACUUUGUCGUGUUUAUGCUAUGCGUUGGGUAGAAUUAGGUUUGUGGGUUAGAUGAGUAUCAUGUUUACGCGACAACUGCGCAUUAUAUAUACGCCAAACCCAUUUUUCGUAUAAAUACCACGAGUUUUCGCUGUUUUCACGAGACUGAGGUGGAACCGGAGUGGAAAUAAAGAUUAAUAAACGAAAACAAAACUCACUGCCCUCUGAUAUGUAUCGGAAAUUAGAGGCAUUCCAGGCAGAGCAGCAAACAUGAUUCAUUCACACACACCCACGCUAUCUGGCAAUCUGUCACACACAGACACACCUGGGCAUACUGGAAGCCAGGUGACUUCUUACCGAACACACAUCGACCGACGCUUAGAACCACAAAAUUAAAUCCGGUAUUACAAGAGCUGAGAGUCUGAAUCGCAGAAAAAUAAAACAUUAAUCGUUUCUGUCUCCUUACAGACGGAAGUCACAGUAUGGCGCGUGACUGCGGUGCCUCGCGCUUCCCGCUCGGCGGAACUUGAGAACCGGACUGUGUAUCCGAGCCGAACUGAAUAUGGUCAUCCUGGACUCUACUGAAGCCUCGCAGAGACAACGAAGCGAAGGAUAUAACCCGUGAGAUUUGGGCAUUGAGCGGUUUCGAUUAAUUGUCUCUUGGACACCAGAGCGAAACUGUUGCGCAAUGAAGUUUGCGUGGAGGAUAGCCCAACUGCUCCUAUUGGCCACCGGAAGUGUGUGUUCACUGGAACGAGUCACACACAACCCAGAUAACAACGUCACGUGUCCUCAGGCUCUAAACUGCAUGAUGAUAAACACAGAUCCCAUCACAUCAUCUGAUGUGGUCUGUGGUCCUGUGAACGCGUGUUCUCUGCUCGUGACGUCAAAACUGUGCUGUCACAAGAACGACUGCAAACCCUGUUUGUGGAUCGACAUCCAGCUAAGUGUUAUUCCAGAUCCCAAAGAGGAAGAGGACAGAGAUAUUGAGAGAUCCGAAUGUGAAGAGGAGCUCAGUGGGGACUGGGAUUCGGGAUCUGUUUCCAUGCCAAACAACACAUCAGAAGCUACUAUAACAAUAUGCUACAAACCAGCAGAAAUGCAGCGUGAAUGGUGCGAGAGAUUAGAUUUCACAGUGACUUCUACCGCGAGCCUUAAACCUCUCAUUAUCACUCUGGUGGAGUACAGACAUGUUGACUUUGGCAGAACAAUGGCGAUCACUGUUAGAUCAUUCAAUAAGUCACCAGAAGUUAAGAUCGUUGAAUUCCCUACAUUAACAACAGUUUGUCUUUCAUCACACCUCAAGGACAUAAAGUGGUGCAAAGGUCCCAAUAUCACCACUAAAAUAGAAGAGAGAGUGGUUAAGGUGCUGUUAGCGGACGAGGAUGAAGAAGCUGCCGAACGCCUGUCUCUGUGCAUGAAACGUGGAAGAGCAGGGAAAUGCUGGCCUUUGCCAAGUAAUAAGAUUUCACGGGCGUCAGUCACAAGCUGCACGUGUUUCCAGGCGUGGAAAACUUCAGUUCGUACGCAAAUCUGUCCUUUUGCAGAGAAUACAGAAUUUAAAAAAAAUGUCCGGAGCAACAUUUCAGUGUCUUUAGCCCACAUGGAGACAAAUGAUGGUAAGCCGGUGCUAAGCUGGAAAUUAACAGUGCCCUGCAGGAUAAGAGCCGAUCUCUGGCCCUGUCAGCUUGAGGAUGAUGGAAAUUGCACAGAAGUUGAAGGAUUCAGACAGAAAUGUAAUGGCUGGGAAGAAAGCAAAACAAUAUUAUGGGCAUCCGGGAUGUUCGUCAAUAUAACGUCUCAGAAUCACCAGCAGCUCUGCGUGAUGCUCGAAGUAGAUGGAGAGAUCGCGCGGUACUGUCAACAUCCCUUGGUGCGGCGGUACUGGAGCCUUCUUCUUCUUCUGCCGCUGAUCUUUGCUUGUCUGACUGCUCUUGGAGUACUUCUUCUGGUGAACAAAUUCAGAUGGUCUUUAAGCAAAUGGGACAGAAAAUGUCAUUCUCAAGGUACACAAGAUAUGAGGGGACAGGUGUUGUUGCUCCAUUCCUCAGCCAUGGACCCACAGGUGGUGUGUAAGUUGGGCCAGUUGUUUUCUGAGCUGGGAUUCAGAGUAUUUCUGGACCUGUGGAACCAAACAGAGCUCGGUUCUUGCGGUCCGGCUGCGUGGCUCCACUCUAAGCUCGAUCAGAUCCAGAAGCAUGGAGGCAAGGCCCUUGUGGUGCUUUCUCCAACAAUACUGCAGAGAGCCGAGUUGUUUUGGGAAAUUGCCGUGGAAAGACAAAGCAAUCCCGCCGUAUACUCCUCGGAUAUGCUGGCUUCGGCACUGGGCUGCAUUUUCGCUGACCGUCAGAAGGUCUGCGCUGCUCAGCGGUUCAUCCUUGUGCAGUUAGACGUUCACAAACUUCCCAUUAAUAAGGAGCAUGACAUGCCUAAGCUGUUGAGGGGCCUGCCGCUUUAUAAGCUGCCCUCGCAGUCUCAGGGAUUACUUGCGGAACUGUGCGAGGAGAGCCCAAAUAUGAUGAGUUGGAAGUUUAAGAAGAUGUGGUGGAUGAAAACGGCACAGAGGAAGCUGGCCCAAGGAGUGCAGAGCAUUUUUAAGUCGAGAGUGAGGACUGAAUCCGUGCUCACGCAAUUUGAUUCACUCAGCCUAGACAAUGAAGACACAGAGGAAAGGAUAUUUAUUCAAAAUGACCAGCACUGAUGUGUCACACCAGAACAUUUGUUUGGAUCAGCGGUCACAGUCUGUCAGUAUGGACUAUGGACAGAUGACAUAAACAAUAAAAGUACCAGAAGCUCCAAGACCGUGGUGAAGUACCUUUGAAUACUAUGUGAAUGUGGCAUAAUACAGACGUUUUUACAGUAAGUGGCUAAAGGAAUAGCUUUAGAAGGAAGUCUGCUUGUGGGGCUAACAAGUCUAAAUGAGGGAAUUCCACAGCACAGACGCUACAGGAAGUAAAGAAAUUGAUACACUACAAAUACUUCAGAUAUUCAUGCUGUUUAUGUCUAGCCAAUGUACUCCUAUGUUUUUAUAGGUAGCCUGUUUGGAAGGAAAUUUACUCUUACUCACCGUUUUAAUCUCUGCUUUUAUUUAAUGGUUGUAAAUAAUGGCUUUUGGCACAUAUCUAUAUAAAUAUCGCUUUGUGCAUAUUUUAUAUAUGCAUGUAAUAUAUUUUAAUUGAACUUUUGUAAUAUACAGUACGUUUGAUGUUCUCAAAUAUAUUUUGACACUA